AAGUGGAGCGUGCGGUUCUAACCUCGUGGGUUGGCGACGGCAGCGCAGCGUGGCCGGAGCUCGACGGGCAGGGGCGGGCCGGGCUGUCGCAAUGGCUGGGAGUCAGGACAUAUUUGACGCCAUCGUGAUGGCGGAUGAGAGGUUUCACGGGGAAGGGUAUCAGGAAGGCUAUGAAGAAGGCAGUAGUUUGGGUGUAAUUGAAGGAAGACAAUAUGGCACGCUGCAUGGAGCCAAAAUUGCAUCUGAGAUUGGAUGUUACCAAGGUUUUGCUUUUGCGUGGAAAUGUCUGCUGCACAGUUGUGCUACUGAGAAAGACAGUAAAAAGAUGAAGGUCUUAGAAUCACUGAUUGGAAUGAUUCAGAAAUUCCCUUAUGAUGACCCUACGUAUGAUAGACUCCACGAAGACUUAGACAGAAUUAGAGGAAAAUUUAAACAGCUUUGUUCAUUACUCAAUGUUCAGCCAGACUUUAAAGUUAGUGCAGAAGGUUCUGGACUUUCAUUUUGAGGAUGACAGAUGGACAAAGACAAACGUCAAGGAGCAGAUGUCCAUAUGUUAAGUGUUUAACAACGUGAUUGAAGGCAAUGCAGCGACGGGCACCGUCGUUCUGCAGGGGCUGUAGCUGGGCCAGCGAAAGGGCUUCCUUCCCCGAGGUUUUCCGCCCGUGUUGCCUUGGUGCCCCCGGGUCCUCCCACACAGGCCUGCUCUUUGUCAGGCCCUGGCAGAGCCCUCGCAGGGCUGCUCACUGCUGGUCCAGAGCAUGUGGGCUUCGCCACCCCUCUCCAGCGGGCCCUGGCUCUGCAUGGAUUACUUCCAAGCCUGGACCCACAGGCACAGUUCUUUUUAAAACGGGGAAACGGGGUUGCUGUGAAGUAGGUGAAGGGAGGUUGUGAUGCGUGGAGCCUGCACACCAGGUCCUGUGUAACGUGCUUCGUGUGUUUUGUUUAAUCCCUUUGGUAGCUCCUGAGGUCAGUUCUAUCCCAUUUUACAGAUGACAAAACUGAGACCCGCAGGGAUUGCCUGGCCUGAGGGCACCCAGCAGCAGAGUGGGACUUCCACCCCAAGGCUCGUGUCUCUGUCUGA